UAUACAAAUUAAUUGUUUUAAACUAUGCAUAUACAGGCUUUGCUUUUGCAAGCUUUAUUUAUUUAUUUACUUACUCUCCUACAAUAUUGCUGCAUAUCCGAGUGGAUUCUGGAGAGGAAAGCAAUAAAAAGAUAAAAACAGAUGAAAGAAUAGCAGCAAUACAUGAAAAGCAAGAAAACAUUAAAACCUUGGCUCAGUAAAGAUAUUUUUAGCUGGUGUCAGAGUACUUCUGCACUGGCUCCAGCCUUCAAAGCGGUAUUGCCUACAGCUCAUUGCAGUAAUCUAGUCCCAUGGUCUUUGUUUUGUUUUGUUUAUGACAUCUGUAUCCAGCCUUUCUUUCAGAAACAUUCAAGGCAUUGUGUAGUGUGCUUUGUAUUGACAGUUUCAUCCUCACAAGAACCUUGUAAGGUUGGUUAGGCUGAGAGACAGCGACUGGCCCAAGGUCACCCAGUGAGUCUCAUGCCUGAACAGGGGUUUAGGGAUGUACUUUCCCCUUGUUAGCCCAGUGCUAAAUAAGCUUGUUCACAUUUUGUUGAAAACCUGUAACUAUGCAUGCAUGUUUGGGACUAAGCCUUGCAGAACACAGAUUUACUUCUGAGUAAAAAUGUAAGUGGAUUCCUGUGCAUGGCUGCAAUCCUGUGGGUGCUUCCUUGUGGGUCACUCCUAUGGCAGAUAGCAGGACUUCUUAGGAAGUAUAGGUUGGUGGAAUUGUAUCAAAAGGAUGCAACAACCUGCUCACUUGGUAACUGAGAUUCUUGUUGAGUAAACAUGCAGUAAGAUUUUUCUGCUUGACUACAAUUAAGUUCUAGGCGGACUUAAUUGAAAAUAGGCCCCAUCAAAAUCAGUGGGAUCUUCUCCAUAGAUGUGCAUACAGCUGGACUGGAAAAACCAAUGUGAGGUGCAAUUUGUGUCCUGGGUGAAUGUUUUUAAUGUGGAAUAUAGCACAGAUAAGGCCUAAUUUUAAAUGCAUGGAAUAUUCUUGCAACUGCUGGGAUUAUUAUUGAAUGCCUGGGUACCCUGCUCUUUUUUGGGAGCAGCUUGGAAUAGCUGACCAUUAUAUGUGCUUUGUUUGGGCAUGGAGUGAUUGGCCAUUUUCCCACCCUUUAAUACCACACAUGCUGCCUAGUUCUCUGGCAGUGUCCCACCAAGUCUGCUUCUGGGCCCUGUCUUGGUUUGAACUGCACCGUACACGUUCAGACAACAAUCUGGGCCAUUAAUAGCAACAAAACUGAUUCAAACUUCUUCAGUAAAAACAACCGUAGACCUGAAUCAAAUCUAUAGGAUUAAACCACAAAUGGGGAUAGAGAUACUAGUUACAUUUUAGAACUAGAGUAAGGGUUACUGCGAUGAUUUAUACCCAUUAUACAUUAGACCUGUAAAAAUGUUAAGUCUUACUCCAGUUCAGGAGCACGACUCAUAUUUCCCACAUUUAAGGAAUAACUUAUCCAGGAGGCUUUCUUGUAAAGCAACUAAUGUGAAACCUAAAUCUAGUGACUGGAUAUAGAGUGUGUCAUUGCCCCAGUUUAGAUGUAGUAUCAGUCAUGGUUUUGUGCUACGUGAAUGCGUGCUGCUUUGGCACUUCCUUUCCUCCUUCCAUGCACACCCAGAGAAAAACCAACUUUAAACUUCUAAGUUGCAUCUAAUAAGGGCAAACUAUCAUUAAUUUAAACAAUGGUUUAUUGGAACAAGCAAAGAUCAAACCAAAUUAGCUGUAGCUCCUUCAAAUCCCUCGCAUUUAUUGUGGUGGUUACCUUAUCCUUCUUUAUCCUUAGCUGCAAGUUCAAGAACUUGGAACUGCAUUUACUCUUACACAAUUGUAAUACCUUUGCCUUUCCUUCUCCUCCUCCUGUUGUCUAUUCCAUUAUCAGAUUUAGAUUAUAUACUCCUUGGGGAUAGUGACCUUCUCACCCUUAUUAAAUAUAAAACAUGAAGUACAUUGAUGUAGCUAUAAAAAUUAAUGACAAUUUUCCCUGAAGCACUACAUUCUGUAGAGUAGCUGGUUAUCCAUAAAAGUCAAGGAGCUUUUAAUAAAGCAUGGGUCACAUCUUAAUCUAAAUUCUGAUCACUUCAGAUAACUAGAGGUAACAAACACUUACAUUGUAUAAGUUAGAAUAUCACUUGUUUAGUACAUUGGGAAAGUAGGAAAUGAGAAGCGGCAUCAGAAGAAAGGAAAGCUUGUCCUGAAGGAGAAGGAUGGCGAUAGAGCUGUGUGCCUUGCCACAAAGCGCAUUCAGUAUGCUUAGGUGAACACGUGAUAGCAUCACCAGGGCUAAUUGGUCCUCCUCAAGCACUUGCUUCACAGAAUUCAGCCCACUUUACUACCUCUUCCUAGAAUCUGGGAGAAUGAAACAAACCAAUGAAUUCUUAGUACGGAAGCCACUUCAUUACUCAGUCCCACUGGGAUUGUCUCAAAGACAUGAAUCACCAUGAGUGUGUUUGGAUACACAAUAGUGGAUGGUGCCAUGUUUGUUUUUGGAUAUACCAGUUUCCUGUUGCAUUUGUCUUAUCUUUACUAUGUCUGCCUUUUCUUGCCUACCUUUUCUAUGAGGUAGAGUGUUAUUUCUUUUUCAUACAAAUGCAAACUUUUUGUUUCCUGUUGUCCUCUACUUUACAUCUCAAGGAACAUUCUGUAGGGAAGUCACCAUGUAUACAGUAUACAAUGAAAACAUGAAAGUCCCUUUUUAAUUGAACAUGGCUAGAAAUGGGCUAUAGGAAUAGGACUAUAGGAAUAGUCAGAAGAAAAGCAUCUUUAGAAUGACAGUUUCAUUAGCUAAGGGGCUAUGUGUCUCAGAAAAUUAAGCAUGGUAUUUUCAGUUAAAUGAGCCCGUGUGGUUUCUAUUCAAAUCCCACAGUUUGCCAUGUCGAGGAUGACUUGCAGGUGGGCUAUGAUAUGCGGGAUUUCAACUGGAAGAUCUGAAACUACCAAUGGAUUGCCCUCUUUUUCCUGAUCAAUCAUACCAUUGGCACACCGACAUUUUUGUUUGAAUUUCUACUCCCUUCUUAACAAAAAACAAAAAAAUAAAACAAAACAGAAAGAAACAAAGGGAGAGAAUAUGCAGAGGACAAAGCUCUUUUGUCUCAAAUUGUUUCUGCAGAAUUGUGGUCACAGCAGCUAGUUAUACUGAGGUGAAAAACAAGCAGCUUUUGCUGAAAUGUUCUUUCUACGUAUACUACCUUGUAGCCUUCCUGUUUUCCCUCUAUAUUUGGAUGUAGAAUCAAAGAGUUGCAGGGGUUUCUGCAUAGAUCAUCGAGUGCAGUCCCUUUCCUGAUAAAGGAGAACCAGACCAAGGGGGCCUCCAACAGAUAGUCUGCUUAAAGACUUCCAACAAUGGAGAACCCCUUAGCCAAAUAAUUGGUCCAAUAGUUGAACUGCUCUUCCCACUAAGAAGUUUCUCCUAAUGUUAAGUUGAAAUCUGCCUUCCUGUAACAAGCCCAUUCUACCUUAUCUUGUUCUCUGAUAAUUUUUUGUCAUUUUCUAUGUAGCAGCCUUUCAGGUAUUUGAAGAACACUGCUCUGUACUCCCUCAGUCCUUUCUUCCUUAAGCUAAACAUACCCAGUUUCUUCAACCUUUUCUCACAGGACUUGUUUUCUAUACUGCUGAUAAUCUUUGUUGCCAUCCUAAGAACCUAUUUCAGUUUGUUUAGUACCAAGAACCAGACUCAAAUGGAACUGUUUUUGUGAUGGAAAAUUAUGUGUCUUUUAUUUCAGUCAUAUUAGCCUUUUUGCAGCCUUGAGAAAUGGACAUGCAGAAUAAAGGUUUUUUUUUUAAAUAAUGAAUCUUAUUAUUCCAGGUUGGGAUUAAAAGUUGGUGUUUGGGAGUAAAACAGUUGAAAACUUCUGGGUAGUGAACAGAGCUCAGACUUUUGAGGUUGAGUGGCCAGUCACACACUGUCAGCAUAACCUACCUCACAAUGUUGUUUUAAGGCUAAAGGGGAAAUUACUGUGCAAGUUGCCCUUUGCUACUUGGAAGGCUGGUAGGAUACAAAUAAUUAACCAGUAUUCCUACUAUCAGCAUUAUAUGUUUAGGCACCUGAGCAUCCAAGAUUUGUCCGAUGCUAGUUAGAGACAAACACAUUUUUCCUGUUUCAAUGUGGGAGAUGAUGCAAGUUGAUUGCCAUUUAAUAUAAGUAUAUGCAAUCCCAUUUUCCUGAAACUGGGUGUAUAUAUAAGCCCAAUGACUGGUGUGCUGGGUUAAACACUGUGUUUUUGUAAACUGAGCUUCCUUCCCACAGGAGAAGCAGCACUUUGAUUGAAACUUCUUGCAAGUUGCUACCCUGCCUUGUAUUGAAUGCUCUUCAUCUGGUAUGAGUAGAAAGAUGUAGCUAUUGUGGUUGCUAUGAAUUUGGAUUCCCGAGUUUGGAAGCUGCAUCAUCAAUACCUGUAUGAAUGACAUACGGAGUUGGGUCAAGCAUCACCUGUGAAGGAUUCCCAUGGAAACUAGCAGCCCUGAACUUUGUUGCAUUUAAAUUUCCUUCUCUUAUAUCUGACCCACUACUAUUUGAACUUCUGUAUAAACAUCUGACAAUAAAACUGUUUGGUUUCCCUUAAUAACAAUGAGGCGCGACAGACCACAGGAACGGGCGGCCAGCUGGCCUGCAGAGCACAUAAAGGUGCUCCUUGCCCUGUGGACGGAGGCAGCGGUCACUCAUGAUCUUAGCUCACAUGGGAGGAACCGUGCAGUCUAUGAUGGUAUUUCUCAGCGUCUUGCAGAAAUGGGCAUUUACCGAACCGGGGACCAGUGCCGGGAGAAAAUGAAAGGCCUGAAAGUGGCUUAUCGCAAAGCUAAAGAAAAUAACUCAGUCGGGCGGCCACCCAUCAAAUGCCCAUUCUAUGAUGAGAUCGACCAGAUAAUGACACAGUAUAUAAACUGCAGGCCAGGCUUUCCCACCGAGGUUGGUGAGGGAUCCAGUGUCAUUGCAGACAGACAGGAAGGCCUCUCCAUCUCUGAGCCCUGGGGGAACCAAUCUGGCAUCUCUGAACGUUGGGGUUCCCAGGCCUCUGGGCACUGGUUGGCACAGACGGCUGCCUCUGAAAGCCAAGGGACUGAUGAAUUCAGCUAUGCCCAGGCAGAGUCCCAGGAUGCUUUUGGUGAGAUCCAAGUCAUCCCAGUUCAGGUGAAGGAAGAGGAAUCGGAAGAUGAAAUAUCACCUGAACUGGACGUGGCCUCACCUAUAGUAAUGGAGACCCAACCUGCACCAAGGCAUCUCAUCUCAAUGCUUGACCAACGCCCCCAUCUCCGAACCCGUAAGCAAAAGGCUCAGGGGGAUGGGCAGUCAGGCUACCAAAGGGGCACUGGCCAGAAGUGUAACCGUUCACAUCAGCUGGAGCUGCAGCGGAUGCAAAGACAGGUUGCUAGCCAUGCAGAAGAGAAGCAGAGUUUAGCAGAGUUUAUCCAACAUGAUAAGGAGAUGCGCCGUGAGGAUAGGGAGUUUCAGGCCCAGCUCUUUGAGAAGCUGUUUCAGAAACAAACCGAACUUGUCCAGGUGCUAACCCAGCGACCACCCGCCAAUCCUACCUCCACUGCCUGUACCAAUGCUCUACAGACCUUGCAGCUGCCCACAAAGAAUGGAGCAGGAACAGCUGCAGGCCCUGGCUCACAGCUGCAGGCUUUGCUUGAGCAGAUCAUGCAAGCUGAAGUAUCAGGGAAGGGCCUAACCAGACUUGCAGUGAAGGAAGCACUUGGAGGCGCUGUGAAGGUGCCUCCCGAAGUACAGUACUGGACUGCUGAAGAGAUCCUGAGAUGGCUGCUGUCUCAGCAGUCUCCUGGAGACCAGUGCCAAGACGGGCUGACAGGCCCAAAGCUGCCUCCUGUUGCUGGCCACAUGGGUGCAACCAAACAGGCUGAGCACCCAGAGGCACAGCUUGCUCUUUUGAAUCCACUGUGUGAUUCCUACCAGAAUUCUGGACAGCACGGUAAAGGCCAACUCCAUGCCAACGCCCAGCAACUGUACAGCAGCCAUUGUCCCAAAGCACUGGAGACAGACACAGACUUAGAGGUGCAGCGCCAGUCAUUCAGGCAGUUCCGGUACCAGGAAGCCCAGGGACCCCAGGAGGUUUACAGGUGCCUGUGGCACCUUUCCCAUCAGUGGCUGAGGCCAGAGGUCCGUACCAAAGAGCAGAUCAUGGAGCUGCUGGUUGUUGAGCAGUUUUUGAGUAUCCUACCUGAGGAGAUCCAAACUUUGGUACGUGAAUGUCAACCAGAAAAUGGCAAGGAGGCUGUGGCCCUGGCAGAGAGGUUCCAGCUUCAUUUUGAGUCCAAGAGGCAACGGGACCAGACUCGGGUGGCGUCUGAUGACAUGGUUGCAGAUUCCCCUCAAGAGUUGGAUGAAGAUCAGAAACAGCCUUGCAUCAAAGACAGUAAAGAGAACCCUAGGAGGGCUAGCUUACUUGGUACAGAAGUGCACCUUCGGCUGAGGAAGAGACCAAAGUCAGGUCCGAGGGAACAGAUUGUGCCCAAACAGGAUGGAGAACAUGGAGAGUCAGCAACAAAGCAAAGGAAGAUGGACAGUAGCUUAGAGGAGCAAGAGGCAACUGAGGCUGGGGAGAAGACAAAGCAAAUACCAGCCCCUCUGCCAGGAAAGCAGGCUGGGAAAACAAAAGAUGGACCUUCACUCAGUGACAGCAUGGACAUUUUACUGGAUUCCCCCUGGAGUGGAAACGGCAGUGGUGAAACAACUCACAAUGGGCCGUCUGGUUCUAGGAUGCUGCCACCUUGUACUAGCUGCACCGUGUUGAAGGCUGAGCUGGAUGCCGUACGCGAAGAGCUCAGACUAACUCAAGCUUCCACACUGUAUGGGCUGAGUGGUGCCUCUUUACAAGACUUAUCAGAGGCUCUUGGCACUGUAGUGCACAUCCUCAACAACAGGAAGUCUCCAUCAGCAACAAGAGCAUCCCAGAACAUCCCGGAAAUCCCCAGUAGGCCUGUAUGGCGAGAGAGAAAUCAUUUCUGAAACGUCACAAGGGCCGAAUUUACCCCAGCACCAAGAAAUUCAACAGCAAUAUUGACAACAUUAGGAUGAGGUCCGAUUUUUAAAAAAGCACCUCAGCUUUUGAUUGUCUGAGACUUAUAACUGACCUUGCUACACUCAUUCUUUCCCCCACUCCCAUAGAUCAUGUAAGUUCCUCAGGCUGCAGCAAGCUCUGGAGCCGACGCUCUUUGCUUGCUGUAGUGCAGAUGCUGAUUGUCAUGACUCUGUCUUUUUAAUGUUACCCUAGGUUUUGUGCGUUUGUGUUUUUAUACAGUAGUAGCUGUUUCUUCCCUUUCCUGCUUAGGUAUAAAACCUCUAAAUAAAGCAACUGGGAAUGAU